AUGUCUACAUCAAAUGAAACUACUAACAUUGAUGAUAAAGAUUGUUCUGGAUGUGGAAAAAUUAAACCAGCUUCAGAAUUUACAAGACGGUUUGAAAUACAAAAUAAAUCCUUAGAUAAUAUACAUAUUAAUACUGAUAAUCAUGAAAACAGCAGUGAACUUCUUUAUGAAAUUUGUGAUAUUGAAGAGCUUAUAGCCAUUCAUUUUAAAAAUAGCGAAGAAAAUGAUAGCAAGGUCGAAUUCUCUACAAUAGUAAAGAUAGAAAAUGAAUUGAUUAAUGAAGAAACAUUCUUAUCAGAAUCAAAUUUUGAAGAAUUAUUAGCACCAGAAUUAGAUUAUGAAGAGAUGUUAUUACCAGAGUUAGAUCAUGAAGAAAUAUUAUCAUCUGAAUUAGAUCAGAAUGAAAUGUUAUCACUAGAAUUAGAUAAAAAGGAUAAAAAAAAAAUUUGUAAAACCAAGUCAGUCUCGAAGUCAUCAAGUACUCAAAACACAAGUGUUCUUGUUACUAAUCGCUAUGAAAUUAUUGAAAACAGAAAAGAUGAGUUAAAUUCUGAUCUUAAAAUGUUCGAGAUGUUA